AGCCGGAAGCUUUUGCAGCCGGGUGAGACGCGGCUUCACGUGAAUGUCAUGUCCUUUGACAAACUCGUCUUGUUCAGAAUGAAAUGUAAAUAACUCACAAGAAGGUUGUGUUUAAAGGGCUUAUCUUGCGAAGUUGGCGAAACGCGUACGCCGGCAAUGUUAUUUUAGCUAACACACUAGCUACAUUAGACGAUGGACCAGGACCAGCAACUGAGAAAUCUGCGUGAUUUUCUUCUGGUUUACAACCGUAUGACUGAGAUCUGCUUUCAGCGAUGCACCAGCAAUUUUAACUACAGGAACCUCACCAUGGACGAGGAGCGUUGUGUGGACAACUGUGCAGGGAAACUGAUCCGCUCCAACCACCGCCUGAUGGCCACCUACGUGCAGCUGAUGCCCCGGCUAGUGCAGCGGCGAAUGGAGGAGAUGGAGAGCAAGGCUGCCGCGAAUAGAACGGAAGAAGCAUCCGCAGCUGAUGCUCUCGCUACCAUAGAGGCAGCACCGGUAUCUAUCACCGACUGAGACAUGACGGCUCAAAUGCUUCCCAAAGCUGGCGCCAAACGCUUACAAAGCAGACUUUUCCAGUGGGUGGCACACAAAUGGAUAGUUUCUGACUGCAGGAACAGCGCAGGCUGCAAAUGUGCCACAAUUUUAUGUGAUGCUUUGCUGCUGCUGUUUUUGUUUUUUUUUCUUCUUCAGGUUGCAAUUUUAUUUGGAUUAUGUUAAAAUUGUGUAUUUGUAACAGUGCUUGACAUCUGAAAGUGACGCAAAUGUCUCUAUUUUGUUGACGUGAUCACAUUUUUUUAAAUACACAAUUUUUUUUGUAGAGCGUGACAGGGACUUAAGAAUAUAUCCACAACAGGGACCAACCAGUCAUGUUGCGUGAGCAACAGAAGGAGGAUUGAAAUGUGUGAAAUGUCAGGGUGUUUUUUUUUCUUCUUUGAAAGAUGAAUCAUAAUAUGACUAGAACAUGACAGCUUACUGGCACCUCGCUGCUGAAAAUUAUACAUUUUAAGUCCUCAUGGGAUUGAUCAGUUAUGCAUAAUUCAUGAACUACAUGCACAUUUGGCAUCCUGCAAAACUAUUUAACUUUAAAAAAAAGACUAAAAUCACAUUGUGAAUUAAAAUAAACUGGAAUGGAGAAAAUGUAUUUCUAUAUAGUCAAAUGAAUUGUGUACUUACAGUAUUAUACUACAGUUAAUACUCAACAAGGAAAAAGUGGCAUUUUCUGCUAUUUUUGGGUCCUGCCAAGACCCCUGAUGAAACUUUGGGAGGUUUCCUUCGCCUCCCGGACCCUGAAAGUGCAGUUGAAGCGUCACGAAAAAAUUAAAUUUUUGACAGCUGCUCCUGAAUAAAUUACUGAAAAUUGACCCCUCGGAG